AUGGCCUCGACUCAAGAAGGUUUUGAAGAGAGUUGUUUGAGAAUUACAAAGAGAAUAGAAGGGGUGUUCUUUAUUAUCACACUAAAUAAUCCAUCGAAAUUGAAUGCCUUAACUGGAGAUGAUUUCGUGUAUCUUGGUUCUUUAUUAGAUGAAGCGAAUUCUAAUGAUCAAAUAUAUUUCACUGUUCUUCAAGGAACGGGAAGGUAUUUUUCCAGUGGAGGUGAUUUUUCAUCUAUCACAUCUUUACAAUAUAAAUCCAAAGAUGCUUUAAAAACAUGGGUUUCAGAAUACCUUUCAAGAGAUUUAUAUACUUGUGAUCAAUUUUAUCAACAUAAAAAAGUGUUAAUCUGUUGUUUAAAUGGUCCUGCAGUUGGGUUAUCAGCAGCAUUAGUAGCACUUUGCGAUAUUGUUUAUUCCAUAAAUGAAAAAGUUUUCCUUUUAUAUCCCUUUUCUAACUUGGGGUUAUUGACAGAAGGCUGUACUAGUGUUUCAUUACCUGCAAAACUUGGGAAUAAUAUUAGUUUGGAAAGACUAAUAUUUAGUGAACCAAUUAAAUAUGAUCUUUUGAAAAAUAAUAUAAUUACCAAGAAUUAUAAUAUGGAUGAUCCAAUUAAAUUUAAUGAACAAGUUUUAAAAGAUUUAAAGAAAAGAACAGCUUCAUUAUAUUUACCAAGUUGUUUAGGAAUGAAACAAUUGAUUCAAUCUCAAACUGGAUUACAAGAUAAACUAUCAAGAGCUAAUGCUAAUGGUGUUAAUAGAUCAUUGCCACAAUGGGUAGCUGGUGAACCUCAAAGAAGGUUUGAACAAAUUAUAUCAAAACAAAGAAUACACAAAUUGUGA